CGACGCGACGGCAACGGACGUUUGUUUAUGUUUGAAACAGUGUCCCGUGUGUGAGUUUGGGAGUGUGUCGUGACGAAAUAGCUGCGCGGUGCUCUGAUGCGCUUGGAGCUAGUACAUGGUCACUUUGAAUCGAUUUGUAGUCAGCAGCGAAGGACCGCACGGCUCGCCGCGGCUCGGCUCCCGCUCUGUGGGACCUGUGGCGGCUGACGGACUCUACCGACUCUACAACCGUACUGGACUGCACCAGCGCGAGUGACGCUUGACGCGCUUGGCGCGCUGAGAGCGUGAUGGCGGCCCCCGACGCCCGCCUGGACUCCGACAACGCCACCAUCAUCGAGAUCAAAGGAGGAUCGCUCGUCAGCUUCGCCCCGUCGGUUCCCUUCGCCGUCUCAGAUGAUUCAAGUGACGGCAAUAAGGAUCCCGAUGAAGCCGAGACGGGACAGCGGCCAGACGGGCCGACGGGGUUUGCCAAGCCGCGGCCCGUGUCCGGGGCCUCGCGAGUCUCCGUGCCCGGCGUGCCCUCGACGACGUCCAUCAUCAAGGCGUCCUCCCUGCGGCACCCGGACGCGGGCACCGCCCUCAAGGCCUCCAAGUGGGUAGCCGCGGCGGCGCCUCCCGCGUCCUGGUUCAAAUGGUGA